GGGGAAGGACUCCGGUUUCUCCCCGAGCUGACCGGGGAGGAACACCGCGCGCGGGAAGAGAGAACCGCCCUGUGCGCGCCAAGGCUGCGUCUCCGUCCUCCCUCCAGCGUCUGCCACCUACUCGGGUUCUGUUCGCUGAUUGUUUACCGUAGCCCUGGGGGACAAAACAAAACGCCAGCGCUCCGUAAUCUGAGGCGAAUCCGUCGUACAGGCUGCAAAUAGAAAGUGAACUGUUUAUGGUUCCUUUUACUUGAGAUCAUGCAGAGAGCGUCACGCCUGAAGAAAGAACUGCACAUGUUAGCCGUAGAACCUCCCCCAGGGAUCACGUGCUGGCAGGAAAAGGACCGAGUGGAUGACUUGCGAGCUCAAAUAUUAGGUGGAGCCAACACACCUUAUGAGAAAGGAGUUUUCACAUUGGAAGUUGUUGUUCCUGAGAGGUACCCAUUUGAACCGCCACAGAUCAGAUUUCUGACUCCAAUCUAUCAUCCAAACAUUGAUUCUAGUGGAAGGAUUUGUCUAGAUGUUCUCAAAUUACCACCAAAAGGUGCAUGGAGACCAUCCCUCAACAUCGCUACUGUGUUGACCUCUAUUCAGCUGCUCAUGGCAGAACCCAACCCUGAUGACCCACUAAUGGCUGACAUUUCCUCAGAAUUUAAAUACAAUAAGAUAGCUUUUCUCAAGAAUGCCAGGCAGUGGACAGAGACUCAUGCAAGACAGAAACAGAAGGCUGAUGAAGAGACGUUAGACACCUCAUCAGAGAUUGGUGACUCUGAGGAAUGUAACUCCACACAGAAAAGGAAAGCUGGGCCACUAGGAGGCAUUGAAAAGAAAUUCCACCCUGAUGUUCAGAGAGUUUGUCCUGGUCCUUCUUAGUUAAUGGAGUCUGUGACAAGGCGGUCUCUUUUGCUAGCUUUUCUUGAUUGUUUUUCUUUGUAUUUGAUGACAUAAUGUUUGUAUUCUUAUAAAAGACUGUAUGUUUACGAAUUCUGCUAUGCAGUGAUUCUUUAAGGAUAGUCUGUUUUAUUUAUCUUGUACAUAUGUAUUUUGAAAACUUUUAAACUUGAGAAAUAAAUACUACUUAAUGUUAA